AUGGACAGUUUCAGUGUUGCUGACCAUCAACCAGACCGAAAGUGGCAAUCAUUGCAACCAACUGCAGCACAGGUUGAAUCAGCAUGGAAACCAUCUAUUGUGUCCAAUGGAUUAAAUGAAGGUAGUUACGAGGGCAGUUCCACACGAACUGUGUCUCUUACAUUGCCUGAAUUUACCUAUCUUGUUGAGACAAUUUUACUGUUUCAUUCCUUCUUGAAAAGCCCAGACCUUGGUUCUACUGAGAACAAUGAAACAGCCACUAGCAAGGGGCAAUUGUACUCUCUCUCCCUUUCCUUACUUCUCAAGGUAAUUGUACAUGGAAUCUUUCGGGGUCCUAACACCAAAGGAUGGAAGCUCCGAGAAUCAAAACCAAAACAUGGCAUCCCAAAAUCUUCUCAGAAGUAUAUAUUAUGUACAAAGACAGGAAUGUUUUGGAAAAAGGUUGGUACCAAGACUGAGCUAGUGAUUGAACCACCACUGUCCCCUGCUACAGUGGACUGGUUCCAGAGAAGGUCCAAGGGGGAGAACAGUAGGCUUAUUCCUGUAUACACUGAAGCAACCAUUUUGGGGGAGAUUUGCCGUGCACAUGCCAACUAUAGAAGAGGAGGAGCAUGGUAUGAUUAUGUUAAGGUGAACUUUGAUCAGACUUCUGGAGUACCAUGUCGUUUGGCUGCUAUAUGGUUUGAUAAAAGUGACUUUGCCAUCAGAGGCCUGGAACCACAACAACAAUCCUAUGGAACAUUGAAGUGCCUUCUACAAGUUGCUUCUGAAACAGAUCACAUUACUGCUGAUAAAGACACCCACUCUUUGCUAUUCUCCCACUGGAACAUGCAAUUUCAACAAAAGAUCAUUGGAAACAAGUUCUACCAUGAAGCUGUCUUUGAAGAGCUUGGUUUGGACGAGAUUGAACACCGUAUUUAUUGUAUUGAUCUGGGUUCCAAUUUGAUUGGGGAUUCCUUUUGUAGACAAGUCGUAUCCUCUUCCAGCAGCAAUACUAGGGUGGAGGUGACAGCUGCAGAUUCUCUGGCACAAGAUAGCUUUGAUGCAAUCUGGACAGCAAAAGAUGAGUGGCCUGAGCAGUUCCUCAAAUCACCAAACUUUCUCAAGCACAUGAGCCAAUCCUCCCGUGACUAUGGAAGGGACCAAGCUAGAAGGGAGAAUUAA